AUGAUCACUAAAAAGGACGGUCACUUGAUGAGGGACAUGCGUAUAAUCGCCUACUUCAAGCAAUGCAUUAAAGGAAAAGAAGUAAACACGAUCAAAGAACUAACCCAUGAACUCGCUUCACAUACUCCUUAUGAAGUUCCAAUAUCGAGUUUGACAAUCAACCAUCUGCAUUGUCAGAUCCCAAGUACCGAAGUGCACUAUAGUUUGAAUGCUUCCAUUGUUGGUUUGGGGAUUAGCAACGACGUGUUUGAAGAUUUGCCAUCAUGUGUAGGUCUUGGAAUCGUGAGGGGAAUUGANGGGUAA